UAUUGAUUCUAUUGUAAGGGAUGAAAGUGAAAAACUAUGGAAAGUAAAAUUAACAUUAGCUGAUAAUACAGAUAAUGAUAUAGAACAAUAUUCAAAACAUUUCGAUAAAGAAACCAUUGAUAAAAAUCAAGUAAUUGCCGUUGGCGAGCUAUUAAAUGGUAUGAAUAAAUUUAAUGAAGCUGAGGCACAUUAUAAACAUAUAUUAAAAGAUAAUUUAGUAAUAAGUGAUUUUGACAUUGCUUCAUCCUAUCAUGGUCUUGCUGUUGCUAAUAAUAUGAAAGGUGAAUACGAUCAAUGUCUCAUAAACAAUAAUAAAGCACUUGAAAUUUUAAUGAAAAAUCCAACAAAACAAACCUGGAGCCGAUUAAUCGGGGAAUGUUAUAAUAAUAUUGGUUCAAUGCAUAAUAAUAAAGGUGAUUAUAAUGAAGCAUUAACUAAUUAUAAAAAAGCAUUAGAGUAUGGUCAACCAGAUACGCAGGAUACAACAUAUAGAGGGAUGACUGAAGCUUAUUCUAAUUUGGGUGAAUACCAAAAAGCAUUUGAAUAUAGUAAUAAAGCUUUUGAAUAUCAUGAGAAAAAUUUUGGAGGAAUUGCAAAUCCAACAAUUGCUGAUACAUACCUAAAUAUUGGUAAAGUUCAUUUACUAACGCACAAAUAUGAUACUGCAUUAGAACUAUUUAACAAAGCACUCGCUAUUCAACUAGAUACAUUAUCGGAAGAUCAUCCUGAUCUAGGAAAGACUUAUAACAGUCUUGGUUUGCUGUAUGAGGAAAUGGGUAAGCAUGAUUUAGCAUUAACUAAUCUUCAAAAAGGGCUUGAAGUUCAACAGGGUUCAUUACCGGGUACACAUCCAGAUUUGAUAUAUAGUUAUAAAUCUAUUGGUAAUUUCGAGAUGAAAAGAGGUCAGUAUGAUGAAGCAUUAGUAAAUUAUGAAAAAAUGUUAAAUAUACACUUAAAAACAUUACCACCAAUACAUCCAUUUAUUGGUGAUAGUUAUUAUUUAAUUGGCAUGGUUUAUUUCGAAAAACGACAAUAUGAUUUAGCAUUAAAGUAUUUUACAAAAUCAUUAGACAUAUAUAUGAAAACGUUUGGAUCAACACAUCCGUCGAUUGAAAAGACAAAACAUCAAAUUCAAAUUAUUCGCUCGAAAUAA